AAAUCAAAAGAAGCAGCCAGUUCUAACAAAUAUGGUUGACAUGGGAAGGAGCUAAGGUUUGCAACGCCAGACGGGAGAUACGUUUUCGUGCCCUAAACGGACGGCUUUUAUUUUAGUCUGAUAUGGAUGAUGUGGAGAUUACAGAUGUCAAUGACGAUGGCUCGCUCUACCAGGUGGAGAAGGCGCCCCUCAAAAACCAGGAUCUGAGUUCCAUAAGCCUAACUGUAGGAGAGCUUCUGUCCCAGUAUGGAUGGUACCUGCUGGUUGUGACUGUUCUGGUCUACCUGGUCAUCCAGCACCUGAGCAAGAGGAGAUCCAGCCAGAGCUCUCGCAGCUCCCCCCCACAAACACCGCAAGAUGCCGUGUUAGUGGCAAGAAGACAAGAAGCCAUGGAAGCAGCUCGGAGAAAGAUGCAAGAGGAGCUUGAUGCCAAAGCUAGCAUCUUCAGAGAGAAACAGAAACAGCAAGAAGAAGAGAAGAGGAAGCAGAAAAUAGAGAUAUGGGAGUGUAUGCAACAGGGAAAGAGUUACAAAGGAACUGCACAACCUUCUCAGGCCACUGGAGAGGCCAGCUCAUCAACAACAGUGCUGAAACCAAAGGCAGACAAGAAGCCACUUCGCGGUGCAGACUACAAUCCCCUGACUGGACAGGGAGGAGGCUCCUGCUCCUGGAGACCUGGCAGGAGAGGACCGUCAUCUGGUGGAUGAGGUUAAAGAAGGUUAGAGACAUUGGUCUGUAUGACCUUUUGACCUCUGACAUCCUGAUGGGCACACUGACUGACUGAACCAAGCUGACAGUAGCACCAAACCCACGCUUUAGACAAAUAUAUAUAUAUUUUUUUUAACCUGCUCCAUACUUUCAGGGGGUGUUGAUCGUUGGUAGCAUAUACCUGCUAUCCUUUCUGCUUGUUUAUUUACUCUCUAAACUCUCUGCCUUAUUAAGCAUCAAAUAUACUGUGAUAAUAAUGAAUCAUAUUGCUAAGGGACAAAUGCAUUUUGGAAUUGAAAGCUUGUAAUGACGCCAUUCCUGUAAAUGGUAUGUAACCAUUAGGUUUGGCUGAUGAAUUUCACAGUCAGUGUGUUUUUUUUUUUUUUUUUUUUAAAUGUGUACCACCAUAGCUUUAGACUUGAUAUUACUACAGCAGCUGUAGCUGGUGGGCAUAUAGUUAAUUAACAUUUUGAACAAAAUGUAAGGAGGGUAUGUCUGUUUUUAUGCAAUAAAGAUUUGGUCACUGGG